UGCAUUGUAGUCCAAGACAUUCUCAUUUCCAAUCUAGCUUUUUACUGGAAGACUGUGAAGAAGCCCUUCUGAAAAACCCAGAAGGAAAACCCCGGUUAAUCUACCAUCAUUUGGAGGAUGGGAAAGUGACUUCUGACUCAGUCCAGCAACUGAUGGAUCAAGUGUCUAACCUAAGCAAGGCCAACAAAGCCAAGAUCAUUGACCACUCAGGAGAUCCUGCAGAGGGAGUAUAUAAAACUUAUGUCUGUGUGGAAAAGAUUAUUAAACAGGACAUACUGGGCCUGCAGAACACAGAUGUGGAGGUGAAAGAUGUGGGCAGUGAAGACUCCACUCCAGAAGAAGAUGACUUCGGGGAUGUCCUGUGGGACAUACAUGACGAGCAGGAGCAGAUGGAGACCUUCCAGCAGGCUUCUGAUGCAGCCCAUGAGCUGGGGUUUGAGAAAGUAAGCCUUUUGACUGUUGCUCCAGUAAAGAGCAGUUAUUGGGCUUGGGAACAUGGCUCAGUUGGUAAAGUUCUUGCCAUGUAAGCAUGAGGACCUGAG